UCCAUCGGUCCGCCUGCUCGGACCGGCCAGACUGUAACCUCACACGGUAGAGAGAGGUUUGUCCCGAUCGAUCCCGCCAUGACAAGAUUAGGAGUCGUUCUUGUUGCCCUAGCGGCCGUGGCUUACGCCGAGGAGCUACAGGUGGAGCACCUUCAGAAGGCCGAGACAUGUGACAGAAAGACGACUAAGGGAGACAUGCUGACGAUGCACUACACGGGAACACUGGCAGCGGAUGGCAAGAAGUUUGACUCCAGCGUGGACCGCAACCAGCCGUUCACCUUCCAGCUCGGCGUGGGCCAGGUGAUCAAGGGCUGGGACCAGGGCCUUGUGGACAUGUGCCCCGGCGACAAGUACCGCCUCACCAUCCCCCCUGAGCUCGGCUACGGCGACCGCGGCGCCGGCGACGUCAUUCCUCCUGGUGCCACUCUUGUAUUCGAGGUUGAACUUAUUUCCAUUGGUGACUCUCCGCCGGUGGUGAACGUGUUCAAGCAGAUCGAUAGUGACAGCGAUGAACAUCUGUCUAAAGAAGAGGUUCUUGAAUACAUCAAGGUGCAACUGCCAGCUGAGGAGAUUGAAAAUGGCCAGGAUCCUCACAAGAUCACAGAAGAGAUCUUCCACCAUGAGGACAAAGACAGGGAUGGAUACAUCUCCCAUGAGGAGUUCUCGGGACCCAAACAUGAUGAACUCUGAUUUCUUUUAAUACAUGUUAUCCACCCAAUGCCUCCUCAGGGUCUGAUAAAAGAUUAGACAUGGCAGAUUAGAAAAAUAUUUUGUUCCUUUUAUAUUAUUCCCAGACCAUGUAUUCUCAAUGUGCAUGCUGACUGUUCAUUUUUGAUAGGGGAUUGAUUAGCUAUGAAAACCUCUAACAGCCUUUUCUAGUGAUAGAUUAUGAAUUGUUUUUGCAUUGGUAUGGUGAUAUUUUAAAAUACUGGUGGUGGUAAGAAAUGUUAUCUACAGAAAAGUUGAUUUAGUAAUCAGAUCCAGCUAGGGAGGCAAAAGCCAGGCUGUGUUAUACAUCAUCAUUAUCAUUAUCCUAUGCCUUCAAUACACUUUUGGGCCC